AUGCACACAUACAAGGUACGGAGGUACCGACGGCAUGCAUGGCGAGCAGGCCAAGGCAGCGAUGGAGGGGGUGGGUGGGAUGGAAUGAUCUCCCUCGGUGUGUGCUGUCACACUGACAGCGUAAGGUGGCCGGACGUGGGCUUCAGGGGGGGGCGGAGACCCCAAUCACGGGCGGCAUUGGCGAGGAGCUUAAGGUGGGUGCGAUGGGGCAGCCCGAGACCACCGGUACUCUUCACUCGGCUCUGUCCGUUGAUGUGUCUGUGUUUUGGCCAUCCCAUCCACACAGGCGAUCUUCCCUGACGCGGUGAUGACUAAUCGAGCACACCUCGUGGGCACCCCAGAGCCCGAGGAGAGCAUCCAUGUGAACCAAUACGCUCUCCUCUACAAGGUGAAUAGCACACACGUGUCAAUCGAGGCUUCACAUGUAUGUGUGUAACCGUAUCCCUCCUUUGCUGUGUGUUGUGUGUUCGCUUGUGUGUACGUGGCAGACAAUCAUAGUGGCCCAGCAGCUGCAGACGCGCAGCGACAACCAGGCCGAGGCCAUCGAAGCGCUGACCGAGACCGUCCGCACGCAGACAACGGAGAUCGCCGCCCUGAAGGGUCAGCGCUCCCUCCGCUAAUUCGUCGGUGGAUGCCUCCAUCCAUGGUUGUCUGGUCGAGUAGCUCGAGGGGGGAUUCAAAGAUGUUGGUUGGUUGAUGGGUGGUAUUGCCUCAGCGUCGCGUGAGCGUGUAGCAUGUGUAGGAUGACUUGUCGCGUCAUGGGUGGGUUGGGGAUGCGGUCAAUGUGAACAUUGAGGGC